CCAUUUCAGCGCCGCCGACCACUGCAAACGGGGUCUUCUACGGCUCUACUCCAACUCCUCUAGCUGCCGACGACACGGCCGCUGCGUGAGUGUUUUGUCAUUUAUUUUUGUUAGUGUUUCUUUUUAUUUUUUUCCACCGUCGUAAUCUACGUAGUAGACCACGUUGACGACGGUAUCGCAUCGGGUUUACAGUUAGUCACGUAACAAACGAGUACCGGUUUUUUAAAUUUUCAAGUUUUCACAUUCUUGUCGCCGCAGCAGGAGCAGAAGCAAGUGUACGCCGCCCACACGAUUCGCCGAAAUAUAAUUUUGAAACUUGUCAAGACUUAAAGAAACAUGUCUCAUCGCGACUGGGAUCAAUCAUGCAAAGUGUACAUUGGUAAUUUGGGCCAAAAUGGUACUAAACAUGAAAUUGAAGCAUCAUUCACAAAGUAUGGUCCAUUGAAAAAUACUUGGAUUGCUAGAAAUCCACCUGGUUUUGCUUUUGUUGAAUUUGAAGAUCCUAGAGAUGCUGAAGAUGCAGUCAGGGGACUUGACGGAACCCGCAUCUGUGGAGUUCGUGUGCGUGUUGAAAUGUCUAGUAAUAGACCUCGUGGUGGACGCGAUGGUCGUGGUGGUGGUGGAGGGGGCGAUCGCAGAGGUGGCGGUGGCGGCGGCGGAGGAGGUGGUGGAUACAACAGAGGUCCUCCACGCUACAAUGAUAGGUAUAAUGACAGGAAAAGGAUCAUUGGUUUUCGCCCAUACUAAAAAAAUUUAUCAUCCCAUCUUAUAAAAAAAUCUCACACUGACAAUAUGACUUGACCAACAAUUUUCGUACUUCGCUCCAUCAAUUCUACCGAAUUGAAAUACCGUAACGUGUUAUUUAACAUCAUGCGGGUGGAAACAGCCUAUUCUACACUAUUCUACAAUAUUCUUCCAACGCCUCUACCCUACGAUCAACUCUUCACAAGCACUUGUAUGCUUUCUUGGCUGUUUUAACGUCUCCACUCACACUCUCCAUCUAAACAACAUAUGGUAUUAUUUAUUCUUUCAUUGAAAAUUGAGAGUUGUAAGUUAAAAGGUAUUUAGUUUUUUGUUUUGUUUUUUUAAACAAUUACCUAUGACAUGUUUUUUAUAAGUAUUUUUAAUAGGAGCUGUGAUAAGUAAGUAUAAUUAAUAUUUCCCUGUGAGGAAUGGAUAUGGUUAUAGUAUGUGUUAUUAUUACGAUAUAUAACUAUUUAAAUUGUAUUUUAGAUCACGAUCGCGAUCUCCCAAACGCCGUGCACCGCCUUCACGGUCACGUUCAAGGAGCUACUCACCAAGACAACGUCGUACGUCACAUUCCUAAGAUAAACCUUUUAAACAACGAUGAUACAGGUUCCAUUUAAUAUGAACUUUAGUACGCCCCAAUUUAUUAUUGUUCCCUAAACAUAAAACUUCAAUAUUUUCUGUUAGUAUUCUACAGAAAUCUUAAUGAUUUUUUUUUUUUUAAUGAUCUAAUUUGUAAUUUUUUUUACUCAAGAUCACUUGGUAUUUCCAAAAGAUCACAUCAAAAAAUUUGAUAGCUUUAUAAUAAGUUGACUUUUGUAAGUUAUUUUUAUUCAUUGUACCUACCAUUAGUUUGGUUUACUUAAAAUAUACAAUACACUUAGAUAAAUAA